AUGUCGUCCCCCACGCGACACCCUGAAGAUCUGAAGAGAUCGCGCCACAAUUCGAUGUCUUCGAGCACCUCAGCCCCUCCAGCCAAGAGGAUAAACAGCGAACUCGAUAUCAAAUCUGGCCUUGAGCUCGUCCCUGACAGGCUCCGUGCGGAAAGGCACAAAGAGCUUGAUGAAGUGGUUCUGAAACAGGCUGACACUGAUUUGGCGAACGGUAUAUUCUCGCUUAUCAGUCUGGGCGAGUCCGUGGUAGUCAACUCCGAUGGCGAACUGGAUCCUUUCUGGACGUCUACGCAUCUCAUGGAAGAGAUGAGGAACAACCGUGCACUCAUAGACGAGCUGCAAGCAGCGUGGAAAAACAGAGAGUUUCGACAAAUACGGUUGCUUAAGCUGCUCAACAAGAACCGUACAACGGUAAUCCCACGUUCAGAUUUGUCUGACCAAGCAACGGCUGAGGCUUGGCAAGUCAAAUACGUUGGUGACCAUCACGAGUUAUUUCUGCGUGCGAUCGAUGCAAUGACCAACCCGGAGAGGGUCCGAGGGAAAAUCUAUUGGAACUACCUCCCCAUAGUUCAGAGCUCUGGCAUGGGGAAGUCUCGUCUGGUGGAUCAAGUCUCGACGCUGAUUUUCACGAUUCCCAUCAAUCUCCGGACGACGAAAGGAUAUCCUGGCGCAGAUGAAUCUGUCCGAAACGCAUUGCUUAUGAGCAAGGCGUCCGCGGAGCAGACAGAAGGGUUUGCUUCCUUGGCGAGGUCAUCGGAACACAAGCAAGUGGAUUCUGCGAUGUCUGACCUGCAGGCGCGUUACGCCGCAAUCCUCGCUGGUGUCGUUGGAGUCAUUCACAAGGAAGUAGAGAAGCUUACGAAAUCUGGAACCUUGUCGGUGAGGAAUGACAAUUCGGGCCAGGAUUUCGCUAGCAAGUGGCGUAAACACCUUCUCAGAGUCCGAUCUGAGUUGUAUGUACGAGGAGUAACAGAAGGAUUGGAAUUGCUAGUGACACCGCCAUCGCCAGAGACAGAUAAACUUUCGGAUGCGGCGAAAAUGAAAGACGCGUUUUCCCGUGCAUGUCAAGAUCUGUGCAAGGUGGUCCCGCACAGAGAGCAUCAGCCUUGGAUUCUCUUUUCCUUUGACGAAGCCCACGAACUUUCGGACAUGGGCUCAUUGUCUGAGGACUUGAAAGAUCCAUCGAGAGAUGUCGUUCGAACUCCACUAGACGCCUUGCUCAACGUGCUCGAUUAUGUGAAAGAUGAUCACGUUUUCGCUGUCUUUCUCUCCACCAACUCCGGCCUGCACAAGAUCUCCCGUCCCCGGGACCUAGCAGCGUCUCUACGAGAGAUUGACGAGCCCAAUGCCAGCAGUUCAAACAGUGCCCGCCAAGCCCCGUAUGUCGAAUUGCCGUUUGAUACUUGGAACGGCAAGGCCAUCUUCUCUCACGGGAAAGACACGUUGAAAAGCGUCUGUGAGCCUGAAUAUAUUUGUCGCUUUGGUCGACCUCUAUGGUGGACACGCGUGCAGGACAAUCUCGGCAUGCUUAACGACAUAUUCUUAUUCGCUCAGACGAAACUUCUUUCUAUGAGUGCAGCCGACUGGAAGCCUUUGAAACCCAAGGGAUAUACUGCUCUGGCGAUACUAAGCAACCGCCUCAUUCUCGAGAUUGAGCCUCGGAGGGAGGCGAAUCGCAUGUUGGAGGACAAGCUUGUGGCAAGCCACAUGCGUGUCGCCUACUCGGGACCUUCCCAUUUACAGUACUUAAGGUCGAGUUAUCCCUCUGAGCCUCCACUGGUCGAAGCCGCCGCGAUCUUGUGGAACACUUCCGGCUUUGAUGCCCUCUCGCACUUAGAAAAUUAUCUUGAAGACGGCCUCAUCCGCAAGGGUGACCGCGGGGAGGUGGUGUGCCAGUUCCUCUUCAUACGGGCUUACGACGAAUGUAUUCAUGACAAACGGGUUCGGAAAAUCGGAAGUGAGAAGGCACGAUACCACCAAUUUGUACCCGUUGUGGAUCUCCUUCGCAAGUUGUUCUCCGCCGAAGUGGCCGAAAAGAUCCUUUCCGCGCCUCCCAGCAACGACCCGAACGGUCCGAAGCUCGAAGCCGCCUUCUCUGAGGCCUGGAUACGGAUCAGCCACUUCGCUCGUGCGGGGGACUCAUCUAUCCUGGAACCCAACUUGGCAGGCGCUAUCAUAGCGAGGGGCGCAGCGUGGCAAUGUCGCGAUGCGCAGCAAGACAUUGAUUUUCUCCUUGAGUGCGUGCAUGGCGACAAAGACACCCCUAUUGAGAAGAUGGCGGUCUCUAGGAUCGUGAUUCAGAUUAAGAAUACGCUCCGGGAGCAGGCGGUAUCUGUGUCAUCGAACGUCCUCUACGGCUCCCCCAACGUGCCGUUCAACGAGAGGCCUCAUAUGAUCAUCGUCCUCGAUUUAGGGGCGCAGGGCGCACAUAGUAUAGCAGCUCCUCCGGCGCAGGCGUCAGUGCUCAGUCCUGGUGGUGCCCCCGGUGACUCGCAAAUUACGGCGAUGUUUCUGUCACCUUCGAUGAAGGUGAAGCGGGAUCCCGUCAUUCCAGCAUGCCAGACCCAUAGCGGUCUCCAAUCAACGAGCCCUCGAUACUGGAUUUCUGUCGUUGGGUGUUCCCCACAGAUUUUCAACAUCUGUAUCGUCCCGAACAAGGACCGAUUCAAGGCGUUGCUGGCCUCACAACCCUUACUGGCAGAGCAUGGCAGGCAAGAAAGGCCAUACAUAGAGAAGCUCCUUCAGCUCAAGCCCUAUUUCGUUGAAGGUGCACGCGGUCCUUGCUUCACAUGGAGGGAGAUGGAGAAACCACUGGCUGCUGAAGAUCAACAUGAAGGAGGCGACGAGCUACAAGAUUGGGUCGAGGCACUUGUUGAAAGAGAUGAGGUAUUUGAUGGAGAUGAGAAAACCUCUAGUCUCGAAAAUGACUUCGACUCGAACUGA